AGAAUGGUUUUUUUGAUUGGGGGGGAUAGGGGGAACUUGGUGAUAUAGAUUUAUGCUCAAAAUUGGCGUUAGUCUCAGGUAUUAGGUCAAAGAAAUGGCUGGGUUCUUCUAUCUAGGAGGAGGGAGAGAAGGCCCACCAAACAAACAAGAAGAAGAAGAAGAAAGAGAACAAAACUUGUUUAUGUAUAGAAAUGAAGAGAUCUACAACAAGGGUUUCGAGAUAUGGCCUCAACAAUACACCAAUCAUCACCAGAAUCCUUCUCUUACAGACCAUUUAUCCUUCGGCGUUGGUCCCAGCCGCCGCAGCUUCAUGAUCAACGACUCCGAUGAGCCAUCCAGAUCAGCCUUCACCGUCAUGCGCCCAGCCGCUGCCUUUGCCGCAUCUGCGGCUGCCGCUGCCGCUGGUGGAGGCAUGAAUUGUCAAGACUGUGGCAACCAAGCGAAAAAGGACUGCGCUUAUUUGCGGUGCAGGACUUGCUGUAAGAGCCGCGGCUUUCAGUGUCAGACCCAUGUCAAAAGCACUUGGGUUCCGGCUGCUAAACGCCGUGAACGGCAGCAGCAAAUUGCUGCUUUACAACAACAACAGCAACAAGAGCAGUUUCGUGGCGGAGAGAAUUCUAAACGACAGAGAGAAACUCAGAUUACCACCGCUGUCUCUGCCGCCACCGCCUCCGCCACCGCUUGCCCUCGUUUGCCCUCCAUCACGUCAGGGUUAGAACUGGCGCAAUUUCCAUCAGAAGUGAACUCACCGGCGGUAUUUCGGUGCGUAAAAGUAAGCGCAAUGGACGAUGCAGAUGAAGAGUUUGCAUAUCAGACGGCUGUGAACAUCGGUGGUCAUGUGUUCAAAGGAAUUCUCUACGAUCAAGGUCCUGAAGUCCGUUACACCGCAGCCGGUGAGAGCUCCUCCGGCCUCGGCGGAGAUGGAUCAACACACCCACUUAACCUAAUUGCCGGAUCCUCCAACGCCGGACCCACUUCCGCAUCUACCUCCGCCGCAACUAGUACCAACCCCUCCGCCGCCGCCGCCCCGUUGCUCGACCCUACGAUAUAUCCAGCUCCUCUCAAUGCAUUCAUGGCUGGUACGCAGUUCUUCCCACCCUCAAGGUCAUGAGAGAAAAACAUUAAAAAAAACAAAAAAAAAAAAACAAAUCAAAACAAAAAUGUCCCCGAAAAAAAGACAAAAUUUGCCCUAAAUUAUCUGUGUUUUUUUAGCUAGUUUGUUCUUGGAGAUGAGUGGAUGUUCUUAUGAGGAAGACAGAAAUUGAUCGAUGGAUAUUUCAGCUUUCAUUCAGAUUUUUGAGAUUCCCUUCUUCUUCUUCUCUAUUAA